AUGGCCCAUCGCCUGUCGCCCGCCGCCCGCCCGCCGCCCGUCGCCAUGAGGCGCGGGGGCCCCGCUGCCAUCGCUGCGUGCCUCGCCGGGGCGCUCGCUGUGCUGGCGGGACCGGGCAGUGCCACCGGGACCGGCCGGCGACCUCCCCGCAGCUACGGGCACCUGGAGGGCGACGUGCGCUGGCGGCGACUCUUCUCUGCCACUCGCUUCUUCCUGCACAUCGACGGCGGCGGCGGCGUGGAGGGGACGCGCUGGAGGGAGCGGCCGGGCAGCAUCGUCGAGAUCCGGUCGGUGCGUGUCGGCGUCGUGGCCAUCCGGGCAGUGCACACUGGCUUCUACCUGGCCAUGAACAAGCGGGGGAGGCUCUACGGGUCGAAGGAGUUCAGCCCCAACUGCAAGUUCACAGAGCGCAUCGAGGAGAACGGCUACAACACCUACGCGUCGCUGCGCUGGCAGCACUGCGGCCGCCCCAUGUUCCUCUCUCUCAACAGCAAGGGCAGGCCACAGCGAGGGGGCAAGACACGACGGCAGCACCUCUCCACACACUUCCUCCCCAUGCUUGUUGGCUGAGUGCCAUGGGCAGCUCCGGACAGUCCUGUAGGAAAAAAAAACAAGAAAGGGUUCUUUUAUUUA